UACUCUCUAGGCGGGAACAGGGGCAUGCUGGGAAGAAGGGUUUAUUCUUUGGUGGGAGCAACCGUCUUGGCAUGUUGUCACACGGGAGGGGGCAAGGCACCAUAGGAAGAGGGCAGCUACUAUACAUAAUAGCUGCUGAGGUGGUGGGAGACCUAUCAAUGUUGAUGUUUUAUUUUAAAGACAUUCUUUUACUGACUGAUGGCCUUAAACUUUUAUGGGCCAAGUUUAUACUUUGAUGGAGCAGAUCUUUGGAAAGUCCAAGUUGUUUCCCAAGUUUUUCUAAAUUGAUUAGAUUUCUAACCUGUGAAUCUUGCUGAGGCUUGGAUUUAGGUUUUGUUAAGGCAGGUGAGAGUAGGACUUCUUACUCUGGUGUGUGGUCUUUACUCCUAGCACGUAGCCUUCCUUCUAACUAGGAUGCCUUGGGUAUUAAGGAGAUCUUUUCAGUCUGAAUUAUAAAAGCUCCAAACGUCUCACUGAUUGGCCUUUUUAUUUUUUUUUCAAUCUCUGCUCUGUUCUUAACCCUCUUUUUUUCUUUUUUUCCUCCUCCUCCAGUACUGGGGAUUAGACUCGGGACCUUGCACUUUCGAGGCAGGUGGUGGAACCACUGAACUAAAUCCCCUGCCUUCUCAACCCUCUUUGUUAAGUCUUGUUUGCUGUUUGUUAAAUCUUGCAGUUUUAUCUGCUGAUAUGAAGUCCAGGUUGUCCAAGGGGAACACCCUACAGAAAGAACUCUGUCCUCAUCCCUACAACUUCCUUCCUGGCCUGUUCAUCACAUUCCAGCCACUUGGGCAGCUCCAGAUUUUAAUUUCUCUCUCCUCAGGAUCUUUGUGAAGACUUGCUUGUUUCCACCCAGAAGCACCUAAAAGGACCUCUGAAGGCAGACAAUGCCCACUGACCUGGGGCCAGCCCUAGGCCUGCUGCCUUCACCAGCUAAGAAUGACGACUGUGCCUUCUCUGGAUCAGAUGCUGCCCCUCCAGGGGAGCUUUCCAGCCCUGAGACCGCUCGCCAGCUUUUCAGGCAGUUUCGUUAUCAGGCGAUAUCCGGGCCCCAUGAGACUCUGAGACAACUUCGAAAGCUCUGUUUCCAAUGGCUGCGGCCAGAGGUUCACACCAAGGAGCAGAUCUUAGAGAUUCUCAUGUUGGAACAGUUUCUGACCAUCCUUCCAGGGGAGAUCCAGAUGUGGGUGCGGAAACAGUGUCCAGGAAGUGGAGAAGAGGCAGUGACCCUCGUGGAGAGCUUAAAGGGGGAUCCUCGGAGACUGUGGCAGUGGAUCAGUAUCCAAGUUCUAGGACAGGAGAUCUUAUCAGAGAAGAAGGAAUUCCCAAGCAGCCCAGUGGGUGAAGUAGAGCCCCAUGUGGAAGUGGCACCUCUGGAGGUGGGACUUCAGAAUUCUCCCUCAGGAUCUGGGGAGCUGCUGAGCCACAUCGUUAAAGAGGAAUCUGACACAGAACCAGAGUUAGCUCUGGCUACUUCCAAGGUUCCUGCCCAACAUGAGGAUAGGGGCAUCAGAGAGCAGGAUUUCGGAGCUGCCCUUCUCUCAGCAGCACCUCAGUGGAGACACCUGGAUUCCACUCAAAAGGAGCAAUACUGGGAUCUCAUGCUGGAGACCUAUGGGAAAAUGGUCUCAGGGGCAGGCAUUUCCAACUCUAAACCCAACCUGACUAAUUCAGCAGAAUGCGGGGAAGAUCCGGCAGGGCUACACCUUCAUGUCGGUGAGAAGAUCCCAAGACUCAGUUGUGUAGGAGAUAGACAAGAGAAUGACAAAGAGAACCUAAACUUGGAAAAUCACAGGGACCAGGAACCACUGGAUGCUUCCUGUCAGGUCUCAGGUGAGGCACCUCCUCAGGCAUCCUUGAGGGGCUUCUUCACGGAGGAUGAUCCAGGACGUUUUGGAGAAGGAGAGAAUCUCCCUGAGUCUCUGGAAAACCUUCAUGGUGAGGGGGCAGCAGAACAACUGUCUCCUCAUGAAAGAAAUUCUGGGAAACAGCUAGGACAGUACAUGCCUAAUCCCCCUCCUGAAGAACUGUCUGCCGUGUGGCUUGAGGAGAAGAGAGAGGCCUCUCAGAAGGGACAGCCAAGAGCCCCUAUGGCCCAGAAAUUCCCCACCUGCAGGGAUUGUGGGAAAACCUUCUAUAGGAUUUCACAGCUUGUCUUUCACCAAAGAACUCACACUGGAGAGACAUAUUUUCAGUGCCCCAUCUGCAAAAAAGCCUUUUUGCGGAGUUCAGACUUUGUGAAACAUCAGAGAACUCAUACGGGAGAGAAGCCUUGUAAAUGUGAUUAUUGUGGCAAAGGCUUUAGUGACUUCUCAGGAUUGCGCCACCAUGAGAAAAUCCACACAGGAGAGAAACCCUACAAAUGUCCCAUCUGUGAGAAAAGCUUUAUUCAGAGGUCAAACUUUAAUAGACAUCAGAGGGUUCAUACGGGAGAGAAACCUUAUAAAUGUUCCCACUGUGGCAAAAGUUUCAGCUGGAGCUCGAGCCUUGACAAACAUCAGAGAUCUCACUUGGGAAAGAAACCCUUUUAAUAGCCUGCUCUCAGCUCUUUUCUGUCUCCCUGUCCAUUUAAAAAUGCUCAGCUCUACUUGGACGAUUCAUCCGUAAGAGGAAAUUCUGUUCUUUCCAUUUUUCAUGGCUUGAAGGGGAGAGUACUUGGACAUGUUUUUAAACUUGGAAGAUAUAUCAGCCUCUGGAUUGGAUUUGAUGAUAGCUUAGUUUCUUGCUUCUGUAUCAGAAGAAAGAAUAGUCUUUAUGUUUCAGCCUCUCCUUUUGAACUCACUGGGGGAAAAGUCACUGAGAUCAGUUUUGGGAGUGCCCUCUGGGGAGUUUAACUGGAAUGCCUGCAGUCAGUGCUCGAGGGAGUAGCCUCAGACCAGCCCUCUAGAAUUGGGUCCUAGGUAGGUCUCCUGUUACAGAAGGGGAGGCAGAGAGGCCCUGUGAGCCCAUGUAUGUACCUUGUCAUACAGGUGAAACAUUAACUUCAGGUGUCCCUUUUUUGAAAUAAAGUUAGGCAAGUCAUUUCCUGUCU